GCCCGCUUGAUUACCACCACUACCUCUCCACCACAGCACACCACAAGAAAUGGACGCACAAGCCAUCCUCCUCAAACUGGGCUGGUCCGGCCCCGGCAACCCGCUGAACCCCAACGCCCGCCCGGGCGCCACCUCGGGCCUGGGCCUGACGCGGCCCAUCCUUGUCGCCCGCCGGAAGGGUAACUCGGGCGUGGGCAACAAGACCACCAAGGACCCCACGAACCAGUGGUGGCUGCGUGGGUUCGAGGAUGCCUUGAAGGGGGUCGGCGAGGAGCGGCGGACCCCCGCGGACGCGCGCACGCCCAACGCGCUGACGAGCGAGCUGUACCGCUUCUUCGUGCGCGGGGAGGUCGUUGCGGGGACUCUUGGGGAUAAACACAAGGAUGAUGGGGAGGGGGCCAACGGGGAGAGGAAGAGGGAAGGGGAUGAUGAUGAGGAUGACGACGACAAAAAUGGGAAGAAACGCAAGGAGAAGAAGAAAGAGACGAAAGAGGAGAGAAAGGUCCGGAAAGAGGAGCGGAAGAAGCGCAAGGAAAAGAGACGCGUGAAGCGGGAGGAGAAGAAGAAGCGAAAGGAGGAGAGGGAGGCGCGCAGAGCGGAUCGGAAACUCAGACGCGAGAAGAAGGCGGCCGCUAAGCUGUUGAAGCGGCGGAAGGAGGGCGAGGAGGAUGCGCCGCGGCCCCAGUAUGAGGAUUACCCUACGCCGCCGAUGACGGAGCAGGAACAGGAGCAGACGGAUGAGGCGGAGGCUGGUGUGAAAGUGAAGAAGACCAAGGAGGAGAAGAAGGACCGCAAGGACGAGAAGAACAAGGAGAAGAAGACACCAAAAGAGAGCAAGAAGAGGAAGACGCGAGAGGAGGCGCCGACAGAGGAGGCACCGAAAAAGUCGAAAAAGUCCCAAGCGGCGGAAUGAC